GGAGCUUCAUUGAAUGCAGCAGCGUUAUCAUGGCAGCCUGGAUUGCGUUAAACGUUCCUCCUCAAGGACAUCAGAUGGUUUGGAAAAAGGUCCACAUGAGGGGAUGCCGGAGUUUAACCGCAGCUCUCCUCUCAUUCAUGCUGAGCGCUGCUCUCCUGUGCGCACGGAACUGCAGAGCUGAGCUUCGGAACCGGUGCUUGCUGCUGCUGCUGCUGCUGCUGCUGCUGUUAGACAAGCCCGCCGGGAAUGGAAAUGUCUUCUGCUGCAACUCUGACAUCUUAAAAAUAAUGCCAAGCAGGACGAGCGCGGAUUGCGGUUUGAUCAGGCUGGUGGCGGACGAGGCUGAAGAUCAGGGGAUGAGGUUAUAAAAACAACAGCGGAGAAAGAAGGGAAAAAAAGAAAGGAAGUCGAUUGCUAGGAAACUCUUCUUUUGUAUCAUCAUACCCUGCAGUCCUAAAAGGCACUGACUGACCCUGUAGAGGAUUACGCACUCAAAAAUACACACCAACACCCACUCGCUUACACCUCCCCUCCCCUCGCCAUGUCCUCCCACCUUAACCCACCCUUUCUCAUCCUCCCUAUUCUCGUCCUUCUCCUCUCCCUGUCCAUGCCCUCCACCUCCACUCCUUCCUCCUCCUCCCUCCUCUCCUUCUUCCCACCGGAAGGAGGUCUCACACAUUUGGUGGUCCACAACAAAACAGGCGAGGUCUAUCUGGGCGCUGUCAACUGGAUCUACAAGCUGUCUGGCAACCUGACCAAGCUACGAAGCCAUGUUACUGGCCCAGUCACAGACAAUCCUCGCUGUUACCCUCCUCCCGGUGUCCAGUCCUGCCCCCAUGAGCUAGUGCAGACCUCUAACGUCAAUAAACUCCUGCUACUUGAUGCUGCCCAUAACCGCUUAAUUGCUUGUGGGAGUACUUCCCAGGGAAUAUGCCAGUUCCUGCGUCUGGAUGAUUUGUUCAAGCUUGGCGAGCCCCACCACCGUAAAGAGCAUUAUCUAUCCAGUGUUGCUGAGGCAGGCACCAUGUCAGGUGUCGUGAUCUCCCCAGAUCUUUUUGGCGGAGGUGGGAAACUUUUUGUCGGCACUCCCAUUGAUGGAAAAUCUGAGUACUUCCCAACGCUGUCGAGCCGCAAGUUAAUGUCCAAUGAGGAGAAUGCUGACAUGUUCAGCUUUGUCUACCAGGAUGAGUUUGUCUCCUCGCAGCUGAAGAUUCCCUCAGAUACACUCUCAAAGUUCCCAGCGUUUGACAUCUACUACAUUUACGGCUUCAACAGCGAGCAGUUUGUGUAUUAUCUUACCUUACAACUUGACACUCAGCUCACUUCACCUGAUGCGAGCAGUGAACAAUUCUUCACCUCUAAAAUUGUCCGCCUUUGUGUUGAUGAUCCUAAGUUCUACUCUUAUGUUGAGUUCCCCAUUGGCUGCACCAAGGACGGAGUGGAAUACCGCUUGGUUCAGGAUGCUUAUUUAGCCCGGCCAGGGACCCGUUUGGCCCGUUCGCUUGGUAUUCAAGAGCAUGAGGAGGUUCUGUUUACUGUAUUCGCCCAGGGUCAGAAGAACAGAGCCAAGCCGCCCAAGGAGUCGGCUUUGUGUCUGUUCACAAUGAGACGGAUAAAGGAGAAGAUUAAAGAGAGGAUUCAGUCGUGCUACAAAGGAGAGGGGAAACUCUCCCUGCCCUGGCUGCUCAACAAGGAGCUAGCCUGCAUCAACUCGCCACUGCAGAUAGAUGAUAACUUCUGUGGCCAGGACUUCAACCAGCCUCUAGGGGGCACCACGGCCAUCGAAGGCAUCCCACUUUACGUGGACAAGGACGACGGCAUGACCUCUGUGGCAGCCUACGACUACCGCGGACAAACUGUGGCAUUCACCGGUACCCGCAGUGGACGCAUGAAGAAGAUACUGGUGAACUCCAUUGCCCAGCCUGCCUUGCUGUAUGAAAAUGUGGUGGUGAGCGACGGGAGCCCCAUCCUGAGAGAUCUGCUCUUCAGCCCUGAUCAUCAGUACUUAUACGCCCUCACCGAUAAACAGGUCACCCGUGUACCAGUUGAGAGCUGUGAGCAGUACAGCUCCUGUGGAGCCUGCCUGGGAUCAGGGGACCCUCACUGUGGCUGGUGUGUGCUACAUAAUGUAUGUUCGAGGAAGGAUCGCUGUGAGCGAGCAGAGGAGCUUCAGCGCUUCACUACCAGAGUGGAGCAGUGUGUCCGACUCUCUGUCCAACCCGACACUGUCUCCGUCACCAUGUCAGAAGUGCAGUUGUCACUUCAGACGCAGAAUGUGCCCAGUCUGUCUGCUGGAGUGAACUGCUCCUUCGAGGACUAUGUAGAGACAGAAGGACGCAUCUACGGUGGACGGAUUUUUUGCCUGUCACCAUCUACAAAAGAUGUGUCCCCUAUCACACGAGACCAAGGUGACCAACGGGUGAUAAAGUUGUAUCUGAAGUCAAAGGAGACGGGGAAGAAGUUUGCCAGCGUGGACUUUAUCUUCUACAACUGCAGCGUCCAUCAAUCGUGCCUAUCCUGUGUUAAUGGAAACUUCCCCUGUCACUGGUGCAAAUAUCGCCACAUGUGCACGCAGGACGCCAGCGACUGCUCCUUCCAGGAGGGACGAGUCAACACCUCAGAGGAGUGCCCACAGAUCCUGCCUUCCACCCAGAUCUAUAUCCCUGCCGGAGUUAUGAGACCAAUCACCUUGCUGGCCCAGAACCUGCCCCAGCCGCAAUCCGGACAGAGGAACUAUGAGUGUAUCUUCCACAUCCAGGGCAACACGCACAGCGUCCCAGCUCUGAGGUUCAACAGCACCAGCAUACAGUGUCAGAAGACCACGUAUGACUACGAGGGCAGUGACAUCAGUGACCUACCAGUCGACCUCUCCGUGGUGUGGAAUGGCAACUUCGUCAUUGACAACCCAUUCAACAUUCAAGCACACCUGUACAAGUGCAGAGCGUUGCGAGACAGCUGUGGUAUGUGCCUGAAGGCCGACCCCAGGUUUGAAUGCGGUUGGUGCAUCCAGGACAGGAAGUGCUCCCUCAGGCAGGAGUGUACCAGUGGAGGAAAUUCCCACCUCCCGCUGCAGCUGGCUGAAGGCGGAGGCUGGAUGCACGCCACUUCAGGAAACAGCCGCUGCACCCACCCAAAGAUUAUUAAGUUGUUCCCUGAGACGGGGCCUCGCCAAGGGGGAACUCGGGUGACCAUCCUGGGGGAGAACCUGGGUCUGCAGUUCAGAGACAUCCAGAUGGGUGUCAGGCUGGGCAAGGUACCCUGUGUAGCUAUUGAGGAGGAGUACGUGAGUGCAGAGAGAAUAGUGUGUCUCCUGAAUGACGCUACUGGCUACAGGGUCCAAGAAGCUCAGGUUGAGGUGUGUGUGAGAGACUGCGUCAACGACUACAGAGCCCUGUCGCCCAGGCCAUUCACCUUUGUGACUCCAUACUUCACCCGUAUCCAGCCAUCUCAGGGGCCCAUCUCUGGGGGCACCCGGGUCACCAUUGAGGGAAGCUACCUAAAUGCAGGCAGCUACGUGUCUGUCAGCAUAGGGCCGCAGCCCUGCUACUUCAAAAAGAGGAAUGCCCGUGAGAUAGUGUGUGUUACACCAGCUGGAUUAGCAGCGGGCAGUGCAUCAGUCUUGGUGGACAUUGACGACGCUGAACUCCGAAACCCUGAGGUCAAAUUUAACUACACUGAAGAUCCCACUGUCCUGAGGAUUGAACCUGACUGGAGCAUUGCCAGUGGUGGAACUUUGCUGACAGUGAGCGGGACCAACCUUGCUACCAUCCGAGAACCAAAGAUCCGGGCCAAGUAUGGGCAGGCAGAAUCCUUUCAUAACUGCACGGUGUAUAAUAACUCAGUCAUGGUGUGCCUGGCUCCAUCUGUGGCAGAUUCAGAGCUGGGUUUUUCCGAGACCGGCACAGGCCCGGAUGAGAUUGGGUUCUACAUGGACAACGUGAACGCUCUGGUGGUGGUCAAUGAGUCAUUCAGCUACUACCCUGACCCUGUGUUUGAACCAUUGAGUCCCUCUGGGAUACUGGAGCUCAAGCCCACAUCUCCACUUAUUCUCAAGGGUCGUAACCUGAUCCCAGCGGCUCCAGGUAACAGCCGCCUCAACUACACGGUGCUGAUUGGAGAGACUCCCUGCGUCCUCACCCUGUCUGAGAGCCAGCUGCUGUGUGAAUGGCCCAACCUCACCGGACAACACAAAGUCACGAUUCGUGCUGGUGGGUUUGAAUACUCCCCCGGGACUCUUCACAUCUACUCGGACAGCCUGCUGACGCUUCCUGCCAUCAUCGGCAUCGGAGGGGGAGGCGGCCUCCUUUUAUUGGUCAUAAUUGCUGUGCUGAUUGCUUACAAAAGGAAGUCGAGGGACGCUGACCGCACCUUGAAACGUCUGCAGCUCCAGAUGGACAACCUGGAGUCCAGAGUGGCCCUGGAGUGUAAAGAAGCUUUUGCUGAGCUUCAGACAGACAUCCACGAGCUGACCCAAGAGUUGGACGGAGCUGGGAUUCCCUUUCUGGACUAUCGGACUUAUGCAAUGAGGGUCCUGUUUCCAGGCAUUGAGGACCACCCUGUGCUCAAGGAGAUGGAGGUACGGGUCCAGGCGAAUGUUGAGAAAGCACUGACACUGUUUGGCCAGCUGCUGACGAAGAAGCACUUUCUGUUGACGUUCAUACGGACCCUGGAGGCUCAGAGGUCAUUUUCAAUGCGGGACCGAGGCAACGUGGCAUCUCUGAUCAUGACAGCCCUGCAGGGGGAGAUGGAGUACGCCACCGGGGUCCUGAAACAGCUGCUGUCAGACCUGAUAGACAGAAACCUAGAGAGCAAAAACCAUCCCAAGCUGCUGCUUAGGAGGACGGAGUCUGUCGCAGAGAAGAUGCUGACCAACUGGUUUACAUUCCUCUUGUAUAAGUUCCUCAAGGAGUGUGCCGGGGAGCCUCUGUUCAUGCUUUACUGUGCCAUCAAGCAGCAGAUGGAGAAGGGACCCAUCGACGCCAUCACAGGAGAAGCCCGCUACUCCCUCAGUGAGGACAAGCUCAUCAGGCAACAGAUUGACUACAAAACACUGACGUUGCACUGUGUAAACCCAGAGAAUGAGAAUGCCCAGGAGGUGACGGUCAAGUGUCUGAACUGUGACACCAUCACUCAGGUCAAAGAGAAGCUGCUCGAUGCUGUGUACAAGGGCAGCCCCUACUCACAGAGGCCCAAGGCUUCUGAUAUGGACCUGGAAUGGCGUCAAGGUCGGAUGGCCAGAAUCAUUCUGCAAGAUGAAGAUGUCACAACUAAGAUCGACAAUGACUGGAAAAGGCUCAACACACUGGCUCACUAUCAGGUGACAGAUGGCUCAGUGAUCGCCCUGGUGCCAAAGCAGAACUCUGCCUACAACAUCUCCAACUCCUCCACCUUCACCAAGAGCCUCAGUAGAUAUGAGAGCAUGCUGAGAACAGCCAGUAGUCCAGACAGCCUACGAUCCCGAACACCUAUGAUCACCCCUGACCUGGAGAGUGGAACCAAACUGUGGCACUUGGUGAAGAACCACGACCACUCUGACCAGAGGGAGGGCGACCGAGGCAGCAAGAUGGUCUCUGAGAUCUACCUGACCAGGCUGCUGGCUACAAAAGGUACGCUACAGAAGUUUGUGGAUGACCUGUUUGAGACCAUCUUCAGCACGGCCCACAGAGGCAGUGCGCUGCCGCUGGCCAUCAAGUACAUGUUUGACUUCCUGGACGAGCAGGCUGACAAACACUCCAUCACAGAUUACGACGUACGACAUACCUGGAAGAGCAACUGUCUUCCUCUGCGGUUCUGGGUGAACGUCAUCAAGAACCCUCAGUUUGUAUUCGACAUCCAUAAGAACAGUAUCACAGACGCCUGUCUGUCUGUGGUGGCCCAGACCUUCAUGGACUCCUGUUCAACGUCAGAGCACAAACUAGGAAAAGACUCGCCUUCAAAUAAGCUUCUAUACGCUAAAGACAUCCCUAACUACAAGAACUGGGUAGAGAGGUAUUACUCCGAUAUCUCCCGUAUGCCAGCAAUCAGCGAUCAGGACAUGAGUGCCUACCUAGCAGAGCAGUCCCGCCUGCACCUCAGCCAGUUCAACAGUAUGUCUGCGCUGCACGAGAUCUACUCCUACAUUAUCAAAUACAAAGACGAGAUCCUGUCGGCGUUACAGAAGGAUGAGCAGUCGCGCAGACAGCGGCUACGUGGCAAGCUGGAGCAGGUCAUCGACACCAUGGCGCUGGCUAGCUGAGGACCAGCCAAUAGCAUGCCUCGGCUAGGUGAGAACUGGCCAACCAACACGCCUUCCCUGACAACCCGUGACAUUUUAACCCUCGACGUUUGAAGUCUGUCGUUAUCACCCUCACGAACAACAACGGACAGCAGCAGAAAAGACUGCAAGGACACAGGCACCCAGCAGCAGCAGCGCACUGGAGAGACAGCAGAGUUUGGAGCUAAGGCCGCCGCCAGAUGGGUUGGCUUUUUUUUUUUUUUUUUUUUUUCCCCCAAGCCACCAACCCAGCCCUUAACAACCAAAUCAAGCGCACCCUCCGCCUCAGCCAUUAUGGACCUCAGCUCAGGAGAGCGUUUAUUGUCAUCAAGGCCCUCAUCACACCUUGAGUCGUACAGGUGCAGCAUUUGGAUACUUUGGCCACAAUCAGGACCAGUACAUGCACACUAGUGACCAAAAAACUCAUUUGGCUGAAUACAGAGCUGAAAGGCUACGGUUCAGACUGAGCGCCGAUAAAUAUCCAGGAUAUAUUACUGUGAUGCUUGAUCCCUGUAAGGAAUUACUCUUUUCUGUUGCCGUCCUCCACAGGGAGGUCAGAGGUCAGGGACAGCUACAGAGCAGCAGCCAUGGACCUGGUAGGGAUUCAGUGUGUUGCUCAGAGACACUACAGCAGGGUGAAUGCUUGGCAACACAUGCAGGGCAACCAGGAGGAAGAACUUUGCAGGGAAACUCUUCCUCCAGUACUGACUCUCCAACUCUCUAUUUACAAGAAUCCCACUGUAGUUUAACAAAGGACAUUUUCAGUUUCAUAACUCUGCAUUUGAUUCUUUUAUUUCCCCCCAACCGCCUACUCUCCCCAGUGCUUUGCCACUUGUGUUACUGCUGAAUUUGCACAACAAAGCUAAAUCAAAAGAGAGAAGAGGAUAUAUGAAUAUAUAUAUAGAUAUAUAAAUACAAACCUUUUGUUUUUAAAACAGAUGAAAAGUUGAAAAAAAUGUUUUCCAUUUUAAUGUACAAAAGAUAAGUUUGAGAAGAGGAUUUGAUAUUUCCAAGAUGAAAACUUAUGAAAACACAAGGAAAAAGUCGUCCUGUGCCAUGUUUUACUUUGAAUGUCGUUUAGUGCAAAGAGACUUCUUUUCGUUAGAUGAAAUGUGCUAUGAUGAAAAUGUUGUCAUGCUUAGUGACUGAAAGUGAGAGUCAAAAAAUAGGUAAAUGGCAAAAAAUAUAUAUAAAUAUUACAGACAGUUUCUAUAUUUCAUGAGGUCUUUGGGGACCGUUGUGUGCUACAUCUUUGGCUCUAAAGGUAGUAAAGCGACAAGUGAUGUCUGUGAGCCAACCGACCUACAGUGCUUUUGUGUUUGUUUUAGAGAAACCAAAUACAUCGAAGCCUCGUCAGCUGAUUUAGAUGACACGAGUCACUCCAGAGGAAGCCAGCCUCAUGCUGUGGUAGCAGAUAACUAUAGAGGCACUAGACAGUCAUUUGAACAGUUGAACCCUGGCACACAGUGCUCUACAACUUCUUGAUCUUAUUUUCUAGACUUCUCCUCUUGUCUGAAAAUUUUUACGAGGUGUGCCCUCCAAAAUGAAGGCUAGUUUCGGUGUGCAGAAGAAGGUGAAACAGUAUUGUCUAAUUUUUGGCUUGUUUUCUCAUCUGCAGUAAAGAAGGUAAAGCUACAGGUCCCACUUUUUGAAAUGUGAAUGUGGUUUAUGAAAAGAUAAUGAAAUGUAGCUUGAUUUCUGUAAAUGUUUUUGUACCAGUUGAAGGCCUUUCUCUUUUUUUUCGUUUUGUGGUUUUGUAGGGGUUAAAAAAAAAGAAAUGUAAGUGUUUUCUUUCCAGUACGUGCUGCUCCACGUUAACUCGCAGUGCUUCAAGAAACGUGCAUUCAUAAACAAGACAUUCCUUCUUCCUAUGAGUGUAAAAAUGGCUUACCACAAAGGCUAGAAAAUACAAACCAGGGUAAUAUAUACUGUGUUGUCAUCCAUCUUGUAAGAGCUUAUGAAACGUAGAGCACCAGACCAGACACAACCAGAUCAGAUGGAUGAGGUCAAGACUCCUCUACUGACUCUUGUUAUCACUGUUUGUUUGGUUCGCAAGUGAGUAGAUAAAAAGCAGGUGAUGAAAAAGGAGGUUAAAAUGUGUCAAAUUCACCUUUUAGAACAAAGGAAUCACUUACAGACGCCUCAAAAUCAUUUUCUUUUUCUUCCUCUUCAACAGUGCUUCCCUCAGAUUUAUUUCCCCUGUGACAGAGUGGAAAGGCCUUUUAUCAGCUGACACUGGAGUCCUCUGUUUCAGUCCAGUUCAGAUAACACAGAGCUUUGCAGACGCAUCCGGAACCUUGCAGGCCAGGGCUAUUGUGAAAGAUCUAGUUGGUAAAAGUCACUGUAACCCUUUGACUUAUGUUUCCGGCUGUCCAAGACCUUAUUCUAAGACAGUCUGUGUUGCAGUUUGAGAUGAUGAAACUGAAAGAUGUCAGUUAUUUCCAAUCUUUAUGUUACUUUCUUGGGUUGUUUUAUCUUGGUGACGUUGUGAUUGCAGAGACUGCUGCUCCUCAGUACAAUCCAGUGGAUCUAGGGGAAACUCCCAAAAUACUUUCAAGCACAUGAAGAAUCAUUCUGCAAUAAGACCUGCCCACAUCCUGUUUCACAAAGUAGAUUUUGAUUUUACAAUUAACAUAUUUACGUUGUGUACUGGUAGAAAUGGGGUAUGACAUGCAGAGAAAGUCCCAAGCCAAAAUCAAACUCGGGACCUUGUGGUUAUGUGGUAUGUCCUGUAACUACUCAGCUACUAAUGAGCUCCUAGAACAUGCUGAUUUUAAGAUACCUGACGGACAGAAAUCUCUGUAUGUGGGUGUAGAUUCUUAGUCAUCCAGGUCAUGGUAAUCAUAAGUGCUAUAUCGUAGACAAUUGGACUUGUUUGAGUUUCUUGAAGAGGUUUCACCCCUCAUCCAAGAAGCUUCUUGAGCUCUAUCUGACAGGUGCAGAGUCGCAGGCUUUAAACCCUCUGUGGGUGUGAACACUUUCAGAGUCAUUGAGGUCACAUGUGAGUCGUUGACCCACCUGGCCAUCAUGUGUGUUGUUAGGGUUGGGUGGGUCCAGGUGUGAAAAGGUGUUAAGUCGUCUGGGGAGGGAUCUUAAGACUGCAUUGUAGGUGGAUGAUAAAAAAUGACAUAGGCCACCUCUGUUUAACAAUGGUCAUUCCAGUUUGAUGUAGAUGGCUUCUUUCACGCCUCUUUCAAACCGUCUUUAUUCUCUGGCCAAUAUGUGCACAUUGCUGUGUUCAAGUGUCCCUUCUCCUUUAGAUGUAAAUGUACAGUUGAGUCUUGACCUGAGGAGCUGGCUCUCCUGUGCUGUGCCAUGCUGGUGUGGAGUGGUUGUUUAGUUUCCCCAAUGUACAAAUCUGUGCAUUUCUGGCUGCACUGAAGUGCAUAUACUACAUUACUCCGCUUUUGCCUGUGUGUUAUGUCCUCAGGGUGAACAAGCUUCUGCCUCAGUGUGUUACUGCUCAGUAACACACUGGAUGAGAGGUGAAAUGUCUUCAAGAAGCUCAAGCAGGUCCAGAUUCUUACGACAUAGCACUUAGGAUCAGGUUCUCUGAUGGCUCAUUCACACAAGGUUUUACUGUGAAUUUAAAAAGACAACCCAGAAAAAGAUACUUGUAAUUUGACAUCAGAAAAGCAGCGAUUUUUUGUUCACGGCCCUCCAACAUGUCCUACAUCAUAGUUUCACGAUUGUUAAGCCAAGGAUGAACAUAUACCGUCAAUGAUGAUUGAAUACUUAUUGGUUUUUAUUGUACUGGGUGCAGUUGGUGAGUUUCAGUCAUUUACAUUUGUGGUAAAUUCACGCCUUAUCCCCUUUGGAUUGUGUUUUUGAGCAGAAAUCCCUCCAAUCUAAGUCACAUGCUUAAAAAAGGGAAACUUUUUAUUAAGUUUGAAUAAGAAUGAGAUUGAAAUAACUUUAGUUAUCAUCUCAUGUUACACCACAUGUUAGCAGUUAGCUGAUGUUAGCUACUGCCUACUGUAUGUGGUGUUAACCUGCUGGUCUCAAAAUAAAUCAGAGUGCUUAAUUAAUCAAAUAUUUCCCAGCUAUAUCUGCAUAGAAGUGAACAGUAUAUUUCCCUUACUAUUGGAACGUCAUUUCUCCAUCACUGAUCAAGAGUUGAAGACCAAUAUAGCCAACAGUGCACACAUCACUUCAUGGGAAAAAAAUAUGGCAAACUAAGAGUUACCCUUUAGUGUUCGCCAUCUCCGUCUUUAUUUCCAAACUGAACACAUACCAGAAUAAGUACAUUACCCAUGCAUUUAGGAAACCCUUUAAAAAUCCACAUCUUUAGAUAUUAGCCUGUAGUUGUCAUUGCGAUGCUGUGUUUUUAUCUGACAGUAUCUAUGCGUCUCGACAGAAUGAAACGUACUGUAUGUGCUUCAAUACUUGAACCACUGAUCUACACAGGGUAAAACAACAUACAGGGCGGCUGACCAAAGCUUCAUUCAUCCACAUCAGGAGAACAGCUCCGUGACAGGAGGUUAUCAUUGAUCCAUCUGCUUUUCAGUUCUUCCACAAAGUGAUUUUAGCGCUCCGUUAUAGUCAUUUAAAUACCCCAUCAUCGGAGGUAUUUGGUGUUUGUCUUGAUGAUGCUUGAUGAAUGGUGAAAUUGAAGCGAUGUUACUUCCAUGUACAGGCACUCAUGAACACAUUCUGUUCAAUUUGAAUGAAUGACUGAAACAGUCUGAGCAUGUGGACCACUGUAGUGAUGUUUGACUGCUAUUCACUGGCUCAAUUGUUCUUUUAAUGAAGACUUGUGAAGAUGAUUUUAGUGAUGUGGAAAUAGUAAUGAGGCUUAGUGAAGUACAAAGAGAGAAAAAAAAAAAAGUUUAGCAAGAUGGCGGGAGAGGGCCCACUCGGUCUCUGGUGCUUUUGUUUCUUAGUUUUGCUUCUUGUUUUGUGCUUCACCACUUGUUGGGGUAAAAGAUGAAAAGACUUGGGCAAGGCAGAGGAAGUGCUUUGAAGGCCAUGGAACCGCCUCAUUUUCCAUUCUGUUGCAUCUGUGGCGCUCGCCUUCCACACAGAAAAAGACAGUGAUGAAGGAAGGAGGAGGAGGGUGGAGUGAGAGAAGGAGAGAGGUGGAGGGAGAGAUUCUCUUGGCAGAUCUGUUCACUGUGCCUUGUCAGCCUCUUCCCAUACUGAAAAUUAUGUAUUUUUUCAUAUACUUAAAGGGUGUGAUUCAAGGUACAUGAAAAAAAUGGACAAAGAAAUAAAUUUAAAUAUAGGGUACAUGUUAAACACAAUCAUUCAACAUGUAUUUUGAAGAAUGAGAAUAGUAAGGUAUUUUGUGAAAUAUGCUCAUUUGCUUUCUUUCUGAGAAUGAGAUGAGAAGUUGAUACCAAUCUAAUGUUAAGACGUGUUUAGCCUAGCUUAGCAUGAAAAAGGAAAGAGCUAGACUGCUUCUGUUCAUAGGGAGAAAGUGCACCUACCAACACCUCCAAAGCUGGGGCAGUGAACAAAUUACAUCUCAUUUAUUUAACCUUUACAAAAUAAUGUAAAAAUGUUUUGUGGUUUUAGGGAGAGUACAAACUGGUGUCACGGAAAUGCAUAAAAUGACCACAGCCUUUUUAAAUGGCACCACCUAAACAAUGCCAUUAUAAGUCAAUUGGGAUCUUUUGUCAAGGUGGACACACAAAUUUCCUGGUUAAACAACUUCACCCAUUGAGCACUGGUUAAUGUUACAACCAUAUAGGUAGGAUACAAAGCGAGAAAGUCCACAUAAGGAGGCUGGGCUGGUUAAUGGGUCAAACAAACACAGGACUUUCACCCAGGAGAACGCUGUUCAUGUCCUGUGUGAAACUAAAAGUCAACAUUGACUUCUUUUAACGUUACAUAUUUACAUCCAUUACGUAGUUAUGUCACAUUACAUGACAUACUGAUGUCCUGUACGUAACAAACAUUGUUAUUUUAACCAAAAACACAAUCUUUUUUUUUAAAGCUAACCAAGUAGUUUUGGUGAUUAAAUCCAACCUUGCCACCACCACGUAAUUCAACACAUUAAGUGUCACCACCGCAUAAUACGGUGUGAAUAGGUUGUGGCCAUUUCAUGUAUCUCCGUGAGAUCAUGUUGGGGACUACCAUGCUGGAACAACUGCACGCUUCACACAGUGAUUGUAACAAAAACGCUCCAACGUGUAACUCCCCCUGAAAUAUUAUAUUACAAUUUUGUCCCCUGUGUUUUGUUCAUGUAAGGCAUUAAAAACAGCUAUGGGGUUGUUGGUAUGUUCACUUUUUCACUUUGCUUCAGUUUUUAUGCUAAGCUGAGCUUAGUUAGCUACUUUCUGAUUCCAUCUACUUAACACGCCGACAUAUGGUUUGUGACCCUCCAAAACAAAGUAAAAGAGCCCAUUUCUCAAAAAGGUUUUUGGACAGCUUUCAUGCCACUCCCAUGCCUGUCCAUUAAGUUUGAAGCUGGAGUUAGGGUACGGUUAGCUUAGCGUAGCAUAAAGACCAGAAGCAGGAAACAACAGCUAGCUUAGAUUUUUCUAAAGGUAAAAAAAUGCACCUACAAGUAUUGCUAAGAUAGUUAAUUAACACAUUACAUUUUGUUUGUUUUACAUUUGAACAAAGCCAAGCUAGCUUUUUCUGAAGGCGUCUAGUCGUUCUGCUGAGCAAAGCUAACCAUGUCCUAGCUCUAGCUUCAUAUUUAGCUUCCAGACAUUAGAGUCAAUUUUCUCAUUCACUCUCAGUAGGUGAAAGAGAGCAUUUUCCAAAACUAUUCAUAUUUUUCAAAAUAAGAUGAAAAAAAAUCAGGAACCCACACCAUUUAUUUGUAUAUUCUGAAAGCCAUCUGUAAAUCUAUUCUGAAGUGUUCCUCAAAUGUACUUAUUUUUCAGUAUGGGCUGCACCCUCCGACAUGACACCUCCUCAGAACCAUACACCAACUCUCAACCUUAAUACUUCCCCUCAUGUGCCACUUCCCUUGAUCCCCCCCAACAGCAGCGCUCAAGUUUCAGUAAGUUUCUCAUCCCUCCAAUUCUCUCCAGCAUCCUCACCUGCUGAGUUCACUUUGAUUAAAGUACAUUUCAGAGAAGGAGCAUAGGACGUAAAAAAAAGCCUUCACACACAGAUUAAAGAAGAGAGAGAGGUAGAAAGAAAAAAAUAUCUUAAAGAGUUUUAAUACUUUAUGAAUUCUGAUACCUUUUUAAGAGUUUCAGACUUGAAGCUGCUGUGACAGGUUUUGGCUGUUUCACGCCCGUGUAAAUAUUCUGCUCUUUCCUAUUUUGCAGAUUUAUUACGUGUAAAUAGACACGCAUCAAGGAGAGAUUAAACAUGUUUUUUGCUAAAUCUGUCUCGUCUGAUGUUUUCAUUCCCAUUUCCCUUCCCUAUAUACCCUCAAAGUUGUGGAUUUGAGAGUUCUAACAAGUUUUAGGUUUAUCUCGAGUGCACGUCACCACAAGAGAACUUGAAAGAUCAAAAGCAGCACAUAUGAGACUUAAAUGUUAUUGUACUUUAUGCAUUCUGGUAAAGCAAAAGCUACUGCUUCUGUUUGAUUUCCCUUCUUUUUUUUUUUACCACAGUGAUACUG